GACUGCCCUCAGCAGCCGAACAUUCCCAACUAUCUGCUGGGGUUGGCUUUGGUUCCCCUGCUCAUGAUUCCCUUUAUGACUCUGCCCUGCGAGAGCUAUGCCGCUCAGUCCAGAGAACGUCCCAAAGGGUUCAAAGCAUGCUUGGAGGGUUUUAUUGGCCUGUUUAUCUUCAUAUGGUUUCUGUUAGGUGCCGUGUGGGUUUUCUCGGUCUAUCAACCAAACUACGACCCCUCUGCUGCUGACGGCCUUUACUGUAAUAAAACUCUGUAUACGUUUGCCUUCUGGAACGCCGUACUGGAGACGUUUGGGUUUGGAAUCCUCCUGGCCAAGUUCUGCAAAGGAAUGCUGUGCUAUGUGAACAUGAGUCCGGUAGACAGAGGUUUUUACGGGAAUGUGUGAGAUAUUGUAAGGAUAAUGUACGCUUUAAUUUAUGUAAAAAAAAAAAAAAAAUUGUUUUUUAUCUGAGAAACUAAUAUAUUGAUCUUGAUUAUCGUUGUGUCUAUUCAGUAAACUCUAUGUAAUAUAAAUAUGAAUAAAACAAGUUUUUAAUGAACUAAGAGGCUGACAAGUACUUGGUGAAAACAAAGGUAGAUUAAAUUAAUUCAAAAUAAGUUUGUCAACAUGGAUAAAUGUCAAAAUUAUACAGACUGAAAAUACAUUAAACUGCAAAUGCGAGGCUCCCAAACUGGGUCUCACAAAGGAGGAUUCGAUUGUUGCAAUGCCAAAUAAAUUUGUUUCUACUUAACAACGUUUCCCGAGGGCAGAACCACAACUGCUUUGGACAAUUUAUUUACUGUUUGAACGGGAGUCCCCCAUCUGGUCCUAUCAGAAACACGCGGACAUCGCUGUCAUCGCUGAUCAGCCAAUCAGGUGUAAGGUAGUGCAGCCGUGCACAUGCAAACCAGCUCAGGUCAGCCAGCCAGAAAAAACAAAAUCUCUAAAACAUUAACAGUUCAUUUGUCCAUCACGUGGUGGUUCAGCUUUAGACGGAGAAACCGUCCAGAACAGUCCAUCUAACAAAGUGGGAAGCCAAUCUGCUACUAUGACAGAUAAAGUGACAGAGUUGGUCUCAAAGUGCCUACAGGCCCGGGACUUGGCUUAUUGUCCCUACAGCCGCUUCCCUGUCGGUGCCGCCCUUUUAACAGCAGAUGGCGCCAUUGUCACAGGUUGCAAUGUGGAGAAUGCCUCCUAUGGCCUGACCGUGUGUGCCGAGAGGACGGCCGUCCAGAGAGCCGUAGCUGAGGGACAUAGACAGUUCACCGCCAUCGCUGUGACAUGUGAUAUCAAAGACCGUUUUGUUGGGCCGUGUGGAGCGUGCAGACAGGUUCUCAUGGAGUUUGGAUCAAACUGGACCGUGUAUUUGACUAAGCCGGAUGGAACGUACAUAGAAACUACGCUUCACGAACUGCUGCCUUUGCCAUUUUCCCCUGAGCACCUCGCAAAGAACUGAACACGCUUCCACUGCAUCUCUGGACGGCCUAAAACCUGCUGACUUUAUCACAGCUAGCCUAGAAAAAACACAAAAUAUGAAAACCCGCUGUACACCCACUACAAACAUGUAACCAUGCAGUUGAUGUAAGUCCUUUGUAGAAAAUAACCCCAUUUCUGUCAAGUUUGUAAUAAGCCAGAUAUUGAUAAUUCUUUUGUUUUCAACUUCUAUCUACCACAACUGACUGUAAAAUGUAUUUGUGUCCAAUUUUAUUGGACACAUUCACUCUGUAGAAAUAUUCAAUUUUAGAAUGGCUGGUUAAAUAAACUAAAGAAAUAAAAAUCUAGUUGGAACUUCAUGUUGUGAAAUCCAAAAGUA